AUGGUUUUUUGUUCUUUCUUCAUGUGUACCGCGGCCGUCACCCUUCUUGACAGUGCCGUGUCGGAUUCUGCAGGGAUUCUUGGCGCAGUGGUGGUCUCGUUGGUGUUGAUCGUCUACCAGGUGGCCGACCCACCCAUCACCACCCUGGGCUACUGCCAGUGCCGGCAUCGCUGGCUCAAUGUCAAGGAGCGCCGAGACACCGAGCAGCACCCGGGGGUCCUGGCCGUGCGCCCUGAAGGGCCCUUGUUCUACGCCAACACCGAACGCUUGGAGGAGUGGUUGGACGAGAUGGAGAUUUCCGCCAGUAUGGCGGGGUGCCCGGUGAAGGCCAUCAUCCUGUCCUUCGCGGCCGUUUCCUUCAUGGACACCUCGGCGCUGGAGGCCUUGUCCACCAUGAUCGAGGCCUAUGCCAAGCGAAACAUCGUCCUUUUGGUCGCACAUGCCUCUGGCCAGCCACGGCAGCUGUUGAUGCAUGCGCUAGGCGAUGGCUUUCCGGAGAACUCUUUGUCCACUCCCUGGACUGUCGAGGAGUGCGUCCAGCACUUGCUGCAACAACAGCUGCAGGCACAAGAGUUCCAUCGAGAGGUGAGUGGAGAUUCUCGAACAUCUGCGAUGGACAUGUCACCGAUGAUGGCCUCGUCGAACCCAAACCUCAAGGUUCGCCGCGUGCGUUCCUUACCCUCCAUGCCGUUGGAGAGCGACUCCGACGAAGGAGGUUUACCUUCUCCGCAGUCAAGCUGUUCAUGGCAGAUCAAGCCCCUGCAAUCCUCGGUGCAGUGGGCAACAGGUCGGCCUGGGCCUAGUGAGGAGGAGGUGAUCUGCAAGGCUGAGAAAGGGCGCGGUCUGCGUCUGCGCACCGCACAUCCAGUGACACUGCUGUCACUGCGAGUGGCACUGCUGUCACUGCGAAAUCGCAGUGCCAAAGGUGAUCAACGGAGGAGUGACGCAGAGUCGCUUCAGCUCAUGGUGGGUUCUGUGAGGAAAGGUCCCGACCUGCAGGGGCGGCACUGGUCGCUGCCCCCGUCAGACGUGCCAGUCAGUGAGAGAACUGAUUGUGGAGGCGAGGCGGCGAUGCCACGCUCCGGUCAUGGCGUGGCCUCGGAGGAGGGGAUGGCAACGGGGCAUGGCAAGGGUGACCUUGAGCGACGGCUCAACGUGGGUCUUCAGACCUUGCCGAGUGGAUUCAGCGCCUUCCCGGUGGCCAGGCCUUGGGCGGCUCGAAAGGUGUUGGCCAAGGGGCGGUCGUUCGAGUCUCGCGUCGCGGUCGGAGCACGUCGAGUCGAGGCGGUGACGGCCCCGGUGACGGCGCGGGCUGGACCUCACCAGCAGAUCGACCGCUUUCACGGAGAUCACGAGCUGUCUCGGAAGGCACCACCGCUCUCGGCCCGGCCGGGCAAGGUGGUGUUCGUGGGCUUCGCAGAGUUCGACAUGGACGGCCGCGCCUUCACCGGCGGGGAGAUGGAUCGGAUGAUGAUGAUUUCAGCAUCUCAGAAGUAUCCCUGCUCUCGGCCAGCCACCUUCGACGAGUACGCAGAGCGCUGUAUCUUGGGUCUUCCCGAGCGCAACAACUGCGGGCGCGAUGUGGUCUUCGUGGGCCCUGGAGCCACCGGCUGUGAGCUGUUCCACACCAACACCUUAGGAAUCCAGAAAGCGGUGGUGUCCCCGCACGACAUGUUCGAUGGCACCUGGGGGAAUGCCUCCCUCUAUGGCCGGAAAUGCAUCCUCUGCGUCUACCCCGUGCAGCGCCUGAAAAAGCAACAAAGCCUCACACAGUUCGGUCUGGCCCGGCAGACGAUCGGCAAGCCGGGAGACCCGAGGAUCAACAAUCAUGCGGGCAUGCGGGGAAGCUCGUGGUGGCUCAAACUGAGGAUGUCAACUUAA